UUAUAUUGUACACCGACGACCAUUAAAAAGUAGGCACAAUAUGUAUUCGUACUGAGGACGCGUUACGAAUAUAUCGCGAAUCACGCGCGCGUUUCUAUAAGUUUACAUUGCACCCGAAUUCUUAUAUUAUAUAAAUUAAAAAAUAUAUUAUCAAACAAUAUCUAUUGUAAACUAUAACAUAAUAUACCUAAUAUACGUAUAUAUAUAUAACCUAACCUACGCGUUUUGGACGGUUUUUUAAGUUCGUUUCGGAGAAGUGUGCACUGUCAUAAUAAUAUUAUGCUGAAGACGGUCGUAGCAGGAUCGGUCAGACUUGUAUACUGUACGGCAGCCACCUGAGUGCUUAAAGCAGACGACGACGAGAGGUCAAGUCGGUAUUCCGUUGGAACAACAAUAGAACUACAUACACCGCAAUAAUACGUAGGUACACACAUUAUUAUAAGGCGCCAUCAUGUCUGUCGAGGGGACCGCAGCGUGACGUGACACCAUCGAGCACGCGUGGAUUGCAGACGGCGCGUGGUGCGGUCGCUUACGGUAAUAUACCGGACACGCAUCGAAUACAGCCGACAUGGCUGCACAACUGAAAUGGAUAUUGUCGAUGGUGGCAAUAAUGACGAUGACUGGACUAAAUGGUGCAGCCACGGCCGCGGACGACUGUUUGCCCAGGAAGUUCGCUUACGGCACGGUGUGCGUGUGCAACUCGACGUACUGCGACCGGACACCGGAACCGGAAACACUGUCGGCCGGCAAGUACGCUCUGUACACGUCUUCGAACGCCGGAAGUCGGAUGCGCAGGAGCAGCGGGUCUUUCGUGCCGUCGCUCGACUCGCAAUGGUCCGGCGACGAGAUAGAUGUGGAUGCGACGACCACGUACCAAACCAUACACGGUUUCGGCGGCGCGUUCACGGACUCGGUGGGCAUCAAUGUCAAAGCGCUGAGCCCGAACACCCAACUCAAUCUUCUCAAGUCUUAUUUCGCUGACGACGGCAUCAAGUAUAACAUUGGACGAGUGCCGAUCGGCGGUACCGAUUUCUCGACGCGCAAAUAUACGUACGCCGACAGCAAAGGCAUUCCUGACCUGAACAAUUUUGACCUGGCCCCGGAAGACGCAGAAUACAAGAUACCACUGAUAAAGACCGCAAUGAGUAUGGCGUCGGACGAAAUUAAGUUGAUCGGGUCGGCGUGGUCGGCCCCGCCGUGGAUGAAAACCAACAACGACUAUUCCGGCAUAGGUUUCCUCAAGCCAACAUUCAUGGAAACGUGGGCGGAAUACCAUCUAAAAUUUUUGGACGCGUACAGCAAACAAAACCUGACUUUCUGGGCGCUGACCACGGGCAACGAACCGCUCAACGGUAUCGUGCCCGUGAACCGAUUCAAUUCUAUGGGCUGGACACCGAUGUCGCACCGCGAAUGGAUCGGACGUCACAUGGGGCCCCGGCUGAGGGGUUCAGAGCACAACAGAACGUUGUUGUUCGCCAUCGACGACCAGAGGAUCGUAUUGCCUUGGUGGAUGAAAAUGCUCAUGAGCGACGAACAGUGCGCAAAGUACAUCGAUGGAAUAGCCGUGCACUGGUACUUAGACUUUAUCGUUCCCGUCAAAGUUUUGAAUGAAGUGCACAAAAACUUUGGUGACAAGAUCAUAAUGAACACUGAAGCGUCGCAAGGUGACAAGCCGUGGGAUUUCGUCAAAGUGCAAUUGGGAAGUUGGGCCAGAGCAGAAAAUUACGCGAACAACAUUAUCGACGAUUUAAAUCAUUGGGUGCAAGGAUGGGUGGAGUGGAAUUUAGCUUUAGACAUGACGGGAGGUCCGACCUGGGUGUCCAACUUUAUCGACUCGCCCAUUAUUGUUGACAAAACUAAAGAUGAAUUCUACAAGCAACCAAUGUUCUACGCGAUUGGGCAUUUUUCAAAAUUUAUUUCCAGAGGUUCUACGCGCAUAAAGUUGACACAGACGUCGGUUGUGAAGUCAGUCGGUUUUAAAAGGCCUGAUGGCGCAUUGGUUAUUGUUCUAUACAACAGGAGGAACAAACCAGUCAACAUUUCUAUCAAGGAUCCACAACGAGGUGUUAUAGGUCUUAGCUUACAAAAACAAUCUAUAAAUACACUAAUUUUUUGGUGAUUAUUAUAAUCGAUAAUAUUUUUUACUUAUAAGUUAUUUAUAUUCUAUACCCCAUGAUACACAUGAUUAAUAGUAUAGUAUUAAAAAUAUUUAUUAAAUAUUACUCAAUUUUGUUACUUUUUAUUUGAAUUAAAUGAUUGUUAUAUUUUUUAA